CAUUGCUGCCUUCAAGUACCACGUGUUGUACUUUUGGAUUUAUUUCAAAUAAUUUUCAACCGGCAAUGGCAGAAAGUUUGUGUGAAUGUGAGGAGGACAGUCCUACAACCAAAAGGACGUCGUACCUUGAUUGGGAUGAAUAUUUUAUGGCAGUAGCCUUCCUUUCCGCACAACGGAGCAAAGAUCCACACACCCAAGUUGGUGCAUGCAUCGUUAACGAGGACAAGAAAAUCAUCGGUAUCGGGUAUAAUGGAAUGCCCAGAGGAUGCCACGAUGAUGUUUUCCCUUGGAAAAAGGGUUCCCAUACCAGUCUAGAUGCAAAAUAUCUUUAUGUGUGUCAUGCGGAAGUUAACGCUGUUCUGAACAAAAAUUCAAGCGACAGCAAAGAUUGUACGAUGUACGUUGCUCUGUUUCCUUGCAACGAAUGUGCAAAAGUAAUAAUACAGUCUAGAAUAAAAAGAGUGAUAUACAUGUCAGAUAAAUAUGCUGAUAAAGUACAGACGGUAGCUGCAAAGAAAAUGUUCGACGCUGCUGGUAUAGAGUAUAGGCAAUACGUACCAAAGAAUAACAAAAUAGAAAUUAAUUUUGAUGAUAUUGAUUAUAUGAAUCAGUCAUUAGAGAGCCCAAUGAAACUCGACUAUUGACAGAAGAAGAUAUCAAUCUAUUGUGCUCUUAAUAUCAUGUAUGGUAACACGUGUAAUAGAGAAAUUUUAUCUACA